AUGACAGCACAAGGGGACGUGGCGGAGAGAUCUUCCCUUCUCGACGGCUGCAUGAGGCCAAUCAGUUUGCUCAGGCCUCGGGAGGAGGAGUUCACCACGGGAUCUCAAGCACCAUUGACGACGACGGAGACACUGCGAUUCCUGGGCACACCACGACCUCUUGUGCGGACCAUGCGACGGGUGCUCCGCCACAGGAUCCGGGAACCACGUUCCACACUGGAGGAGGAAGCCACACUGGAGGAGGAAGCCACACUGGAGGAGGAAGCCACACUGGAGGAGGAAGCCACACUGGAGGAGGAAGCCACACUGGAGGAGGAAGUAAAGAAGAAGCUCGGGAGGCUAAAGUUGCCAGACAAGUGA